AUGAGCGCGACCAACGUGCUGGUGAUGUUCUGCGACCAGCUCCGCCGCGACCUGCUGGGCUGUUACGGCAACCCGCUGGUGCGCACGCCCAACCUGGACGCGCUGGCGGCCGAGUCGGUGGUCUUCGACCGGGGCUACACGCCGGUGGCGAUCUGCUCGCCGGCCCGCGCCAGCCUGAUGACCGGCCUGUACCCGCACGGCCACCACCUGUUCAACAACUCGACCCCCGAGUACUCCUACUGCCGGCACCUGCCGCCGUCGGUGCGCGCCAUCCAGGACUGGGCCGCCGCCGAGACCGAUUGCCAGACCGCCUACUUCGGCAAGUGGCACAUCGGCCCGCCGAGGACCUCCGCGACCCCCGACCGGCCGUUCCUGCUGUUCUGCGCCUUUCCCGGCCCGCACGGCCCGUGGCUGGUGCCGGAGGAGUGGGGGCUGCGCUACGACCCGGCCGACAUCCCCCUGUGGCCCAACCGCUUCGACGACUUCGCCGGCAAGCCGAUCUACCAGCGCAAGCUGGCGGCGCUGGAGGCGCAGCCGGGCGGUGCCGGCAACCGGCGAUCCGACGACGAGCUGCGCCGCGCGCUCGCCUGCAACUUCUCCUACAUCGAGCUGAUCGAUCACUUGGUCGGCCGGCUGCUGGACCGGCUGCGGGAGCUGGACCUCUACGACAGCACGGCGAUCGUCUUCACCGCCGACCAUGGGGACAUGGCCGGCUCGCACGGCUUCGCCAGCAAGGGCGCCUACCUGUACGACGAGAUCUACCGCGUGCCGAUGAUCCUGCGCGUGCCCGGUGCCGAGCCGCGCCGCGCCGGUCGCGAGCCGGUGAACCUCACCGACGUGACCGCCACCGCCGCCCACCUCGUCGCCGGGCAGCCGGUCUCCACCUUCGGCUCGGGGCCGCUGCACGGCGAGUCGCUGGUGGACUUCGCGCGCGGGCGCGCCCCGUGGCCUCGCCCGGUCCAUUUCGCGCAGUAUCACGGCGACUGGUACGGUCACUACUCGUCGCGCAUGGUGACCGACGGAGACUGGAAACUGGUGUGGAAUCUGACCGACCGCUGUGAGCUGUACGACCUGCGCGCCGACCCGGACGAGCUGCACAACCGGUUCUACGACGCGAGCGAUCCUCGCUGCGAACGGGCCAGGAGCCACUACUUCGACCUGCUUGCGGCCGAGGCCGGGCGCUACGGCGACGCGCAACUCGAUCUGCUGACACCGGAGCUGGAGCUCGGCGCGGUCGGCGAAGGAGGGGAUGGUGAGGCUGCUGUUCAUCGACCGGCGCGACCUGCCGGUGGUGUGGGGACACACGCGCAUCGAGGCGACGCCGCUGCGGCGGAUGUCCGACCUCGGGUCGCCGCCGUUCCUGAUGGCGCUGGCGACCGAGGGCGCGGACGGACGCUGGGACGUGCUGGGCUACCAGUGCGGCAAGCGCACGCCGUGGCAGCUCUGGCGCGCCAGCACCGCCGACGGCAGCACCUUCGACGACGCGCGGGUCGUCCUCGACUCGGACGACUACAGCCUGCCGGACGCACCUACUGGCAGCACGUGGCCACGGUGAGCUACAGCCCGGAGCAGGAGCGCUUCCUGUGCCUGAAGAACGCGGAGGUGCCGGAAGGCUUCGCCACCUACGCGUUCUUCAGCCGCGACGGAGAGUCGUGGGAGGAGGCGCCCAAGCGGCCGGUCUAUACCGAGGGGGACCGCUGGGGGGCGAUCUGGAGCAGCCCGGCCGGGCGCUACAUCACCUACAACAAGGGCUGGCUGCGCUGCGAGCACAAGCGGGUCAACGAGUUGUUCCUGGACGCGCACCGCACCGUCUGCAUCCGCAUCGAGCCUGACGCGCUCACCUGGAGCCCAUCGGCCCCGAACGCCUACAAGCUCGGCAUGCGCUGGGCGCGCGGCAUGCGCAGGGUCGGCGGGCCGCUGGUGCCGCGCGAGUUCCACGUCGCGCCGGACGCGGACGACCCGCCGGACCUGGAGUUCUACGCGUCGUGGCCGUUCACCUACGCGGGACGCUACUUCCUCAACGUGCUGACGUACUGCGGCAGCUUCCUGCCCAACGGCCUGCCGCCCAUGCGUCCCGACGGCCACGGCCCCGGCACCCUGGGCCACGAGCUGUGGGUGAGCGACGACGGCCUCACCUGGGAGCGACCGUUCCGGGGCCAGGACGUGGGCACGAGCAUCUUGGCCGGUCCCAUCCAGGCGGCCGGCAAGCUGCUGUUCUACAACGGAGACCAGGUCUGGGGCGUGCCGGAGGACCGGCUGACCAACGUCAGCGCCCGCUCCAACGGCCUGUUCGAGACGCGCACCUUCACGGUGCCGGCCCGGCCGCUGCGGCUCAACCUGCAGCUUCCGGGCGACGGGUUCGGCAACUACAACAACGAGUCAUACCUGAUGGCGGAGCUGGUCGACGACCAGGACCGCGUGAUCGCCGGUUACGACCGGAACGCCUGCCUGCUGCAGGGGCCGAUCGACGCCACCCGGCUGGUGCUGCGCUGGCAGGGCGCCACCUCCGAGGCGCUGGCCGGCCGGCGGGCGCGGCUGCGGGUCUGUUUCCGCGGCGCGCGGAUCUUCGCGGUCACCGCGUGA